UACGAGUUGAGCAGAGGAUCGGUAUUGGCCUCGGCCUCUCUCUCUCGGGCUUGAGAGUAGGAGCGGCGCCCGGAGGUUGAUAUGGCGGAGCUUUUGAACCUGGAAAAGAAGUUAGCAGAAUACAAGUGUGAUACCAACAAGGCUAUUCGGCUAAAGUUAGUUCGCUUCGUUGAAGACCUGGAAGAUGAGACCAUGAGCUUCAGUCCAUUAUACAGUCACCAAGUGUUUGGAGAUGAAGAAUCAGUAUUUGGCUACAAGGACCUUGAAAUCCAAUUGUACUACAGUACCUGCAGCCUCACUACAUUCUUCAAUAUCAAAUACUCCAGCAAAGUUAUAGAAAAAUAUGACAACGUAGAGGUUGAUAAUGUUGAAAGUAAAAUGUUAGAAUUUAUCCCAGCUGGUUACUGCAUCAACCUUGAUGAGUUUAUUGUGCAGCUGGAAAAGGACGCUUCCUUCAGACCAUUUGGAUUUCUCAUUCACUCAUAUACCGUGUAUGAUGAGAAGGAGGGACUGGAGUUAAACUAUGAGAUUUACAAGACUGAUAUUAGCUGUCCAGGAUUUCGAGAAUACCACGAGAGACUGCAGACCUUCCUCAUCUGGUUCAUUGAAACAGCAAGCUUCAUUGAUGUCGAUGAUGAUAAAUGGCAAUUCUUCCUGGUAUUUGAGAAAUAUCUUGAAGAUGGCUCGCCACGCUUUGCAACAGUGGGAUAUAUGACUGUAUACAAUUUCUAUGCAUAUCCUGACAAAAUGAGACCACGAAUAGGCCAAAUGCUGGUGCUGCCCCCAUUCCAAGGUGAAGGACAUGGUGCACAGCUGUUGGAGACAGUCCAGAAGUUUUACACAAGGGACCCUGCUGUACUGGACAUUACUGCUGAAGAGCCAUCCGAGGAUUUUGUGAAAUUACGAGAUUUUAUUCUCGCCAAACUGUGCCACGAUCUCCAAGCCUUUGCACCUGAAAAGCUCAAGAAAGGAUUCAGUGCUGAAAUGAUAGAAGAGGCCCGACGAACAUGGAAGAUAAAUAAGCAUCACUCGCGACGUGUGUAUGAGAUUCUUCGGCUACGCGUGACCAACAUGAGUGAUCCCGUGCAAAGCAGCGAGUACCGACUGGAUGUGAAACGCAGACUUGCUAUUCCUUUUAAGAAAAAUAAAAAAGAAGCAACACGUCUUUCCCGGUUGAUGCCAGAAGAUUGGCUUGCACAGCAGGCAGAGAUGAGUGUAAGCCAAGAGCAGGAGUACUUGGAGGAGACCUAUCAGAGCACUGUGGAACAGUACCGACGUAUCCUGGAGCGCUUAGCACGUGUCUGAAUUCAGUUGCAAAUCUUGCUCUUGUCUUGAUGCAGGAGUCCAGAUUAGUUAACUGGAGAUUGUAAUAUUGCUGCAUUGUUCAAGGAACUGUUCCUUAUCACAAUAAGUAAAUGGUUUUCCAUUGAAAUUGGAGCACUCGGUCAAUGUGAAGCCUUUCUCUGCUCUUGUGUACAGUUUGCUAAGCGUCAAUCAGAUAGCAAGAUAAACAUCUUUUUAAAAUGUAUAUAUAGAAGCACUGUACUAUAUAUUUUUAAAAAAGACAUUUAUUCAGUUUUACUCUUGGAAUCUCCAGCCAUAUGUAAUGGCAAUCUAUGAUUUUGGUGGGAGGAUAAGGCCUCAAAAUACUCACUUUAGCAGAGAAAGGCACUACUUUCUUUUGGCAUUGGAUAAAAGCAAAUAAAAUCUUCAUUUUUAUCUGA